GCAACAACAACAACAACAACAACAACAACAAUUAAUGCAAUUAUUUCAACAACAACAACAACAACAACAACAACAAGUUCAGCAACAGCAGCAACAAUCACAACAAACUCAACAGGCAUUGCGAAAUCAACACAUGCAAUUAUAUCAACUAUUGCAAGCAAAUCCUCAAUAUCAACAAAAGAUCUUGCAACAAGAAGCAGUGAGAAAAAUGCAAUUAGCUGGUCUUGUCCAAAGAACACAACAGCCAGGGCAACAAACACCGCAACAGACUCAUCAAAUGUUACAAACCGCGGGAGCAAAUUUUGCACGUCCGACUGGCCCUCAAGUAUCAUCAUCGCCGAGGCCACAACAGGGCCAAUUCCGUUUUAAUAAUGCUCCGUUACAGCAACGUGUGAACCUUGGAUCUGAUGCAAUAAAUAGUGAAGAUUUUGUGUCGUUUUUAAGAGCUCAAGCCCAAGUACAAGUACAAGCACAAGCGCAAGCGCAAGCGCAAGUGGCACAAGCAGCACAAGCAGUACAAGCGCAAAUUAAUCAACAGCAGCAGCAAACACCCAUCAUGAAUCAACCAAAGACACCACAACAAACGAACCAAGAUUUAUCAAUGAGUAGAUUGAAGCAAGGUACAGCUCUUAACAACGCAGCAAAUAACGCCAAUGGGAUGCCUAUGAAGAUUUCCCCAAAUCCUAAUAGAAUUCAAAGAACUCCAAACAUGACCCCAAACAUGACCCCGAAUAUGACUCCAAAUAUAACGUCAGCUAAUCUUGAAAUGAUGAAUAUGAUUCAAAAUUUGGGGUUGUCUAUUGGUGGGAAUACAAUGAAUACGGUUUCCGCAGCAAAAACGAACGUGCCGCCCAAAGUACCUUCAAGAACUCAAACGCCAGUACAAGUUAACAAGAUGAUUCAAGGAAAUCCUAAUGCUGCUGCGAACAAAAUUUUAAGCCCAGUGAUACAGCAAAAUCAAAAUGUUUCCCCAGUUCAAGGAACUUCAGCACAUGUCCCUCAAGUUUCAACAAAUACUAUUAAUUCUCAACAAAAUAACGGAAUGAUGUUACAGGCAAAUACUGGUAUUAACUUAUCACAAUCUAAUGUCGGGAUCAAUAUUCAGAAUGCACGACCUCCUCCUAAUAAUAUGUUGGCUCAGAUGUUAGCUGCUAAUAAGAUAAAUAUCAUGGCUCAAAAUGUUACAGCAGCAAAUCAAUUGUUUUCAGGUGUAAAUCCAUUAUUAGCAGCUCAAGCUCAAGCUCAAGUUCAAGCUCAAGUUCAAGCUCAAUCAAACGCGAUGUUAGCUCAAAGUAACUCGGCGAUUGUUGCAGCAAAACCUACUCUUACUCAAGCAUCAUCAAUUGGAAUACCUAAUUCAACUUUCCGCCCUAGUUCUCAAGGGCAACAGCAAUCCAAUACACAAACAAAUCCUAAUAUGGGACAAUCAUCAUCUUCUACAUCUGUAACGCAAACAAAUUUAGCAGUUUUAAAUGAGAAAGAAGCUCAGGAAGCACUUAAUCAGAUUGCAACCCUCGAUGCUCGUGCCAAAGAACGAAGAAUCCAAUAUCACGAAAUCCAUGACUUGACCGAUGAUGAAAAGAGCAAAAUAAUGGAGAAAUUAAAGGAAUUACAGCCGAUGUAUCAUGAAGUAGACAAAGUAUUGCCAUAUUUUUGGCAUUAUACUAAAUCAAGUCAGGGCACUUAUCGCCUUUUAGGGAUGAAAUAUAUGAUCGAGGAUCAAUUAAAAGCUCUUCCUGAUAAAUUCUUGUUAAGGCUUGAACUUGUGGAUAGUUUAUUACAACAGUUCCGCAAGUAUUUUGUAUUCGUGGAGAGUAGGAGGAGAGGUAUCGUAGAUACUCCAGGAUUAAAUAAUGUCAACCCAGUUUUACCACCACAACAACGUCCUCAGCCCCAAGUUGAGAACAUCAUCCAACCUCGCAUAAAUCCAUCAGACCUGAAGCUUCCAAAGCGUGAUAAUUCGGGACCUGGGGGUCCAGGUACAAAGAAACGUAGGCAGUCAUCAGUAGACGGAGAACAACCGAGUAAGAAGGCUGCAUCGAGCAAACUUCCAGAUGUAAUGAUCAUUGACCCACCAUCAAAGUCCGCCGAGGCGAAUGCUACUGUACCUUCGCAUGCAGGUGGAAAUUCUAUAAUUAUCAUCACAGAUGACAAUGUGAAGUCUGAAGAACAGCAAUUGCAAAAAAACUUGCAGGGCGAGAGCAGCCAAGAGGGAGGUGUGAAUAAAAAUACAAUCUCUUUACCGCUAAAAGAUGAUGUAUCCGAAGAACUACAAAAAAAUUAUAUUGAUAGUGAUGUUUCAAUGGAAGGAGUCCGUAAACAAGGGCAGCGACUGGUAAUUAAAAGUAGAGAGUAUCUUAAAUCUUUGCAACAUAACCCAGCAAGACAUAGACGUCCUAUCAUUGAAGGAUUCAAACCUUCAAACCUUACAUCACAGUACGACAUAGGUAACAUGUUUGCUUUGUAUAAUACCGCCUGAAUUUGAGAUUAUAAGGGAGAUGUAAUUAAAAAAAAAGGAUGACAUAUUAUUAGUAGGUAAAAAAUUGUUGAAUUACGUUUUACUUUAUUUUAUAUUUUUUUUUUUUGCAUAAUAUAUAAAAUUAAUAAGAGAAAAAAUUUUAAUAUAUAUAGUGUAAAUAGUUAUAUAUAU